GCCGCCACCAUGCGGGCCGAGGGCCACGGCGGCCUGGAGCGCUUCUGCAGCCCGGGCAAGGGCCGAGGGCUGCGGGCCCUCCAGACCUUCCAGGUCGGGGACUUGCUCUUCUCCUGCCCGGCCUAUGCCUACGUGCUCACGGUCAACGAGCGGGGCAACCACUGCGAGUACUGCUUCGCCAGGAAAGAAGGACUGUCCAAAUGCGGAAGAUGUAAGCAAGCCUUUUACUGCGACAUGGAGUGUCAGAAAGAAGACUGGCCCAUGCACAAGCUCGAGUGUUCUUCCAUGGUGGUUUUUGGGGAAAACUGGAAUCCCUCUGAGACCGUAAGGCUGACAGCCAGGAUUCUGGCCAAACAGAAAAGCCACCCGGAGAGAACACCGUCUGAGAAGUUGCUGGCCGUGGAGGAGUUUGAAUCCCAUCUGGAUAAGCUGGACAAUGAGAAGAAGGACCUGAUUCAGAGCGACAUCUCCGCUCUGCAUCACUUCUACUCCAAGCACCUUGAGCUCCCCGACCGCAGCAGCCUUGUGGUGCUGUUCGCCCAGGUUAACUGUAACGGCUUCACCAUCGAAGAUGAAGAACUUUCUCACUUGGGAUCCGCGAUAUUCCCCGAUGUCGCCUUGAUGAACCAUAGUUGUUGCCCCAAUGUCAUUGUGACCUACAAGGGGACCCUGGCGGAAGUCAGAGCUGUGCAGCAAAUCAGCCCCGGUGAGGAGGUUUUCACCAGCUACAUCGAUCUGCUGUAUCCGACAGAGGACAGGAACGAGCGGCUAAGAGAUUCCUACUUCUUCACUUGCGAGUGCCUGGAGUGCACCACCAAAGAUAAGGACAAGGCCAAGGUGGAAAUCCGGAAGCUGAAUGACCCACCAAAGGCAGAAGCCAUCCGGGACAUGGUCCGAUACGCACGUAACGUCAUAGAGGAGUUCCGGAGGGCCAAGCACUACAAAUCCCCUGCAGAGCUGCUGGAGAUCUGCGAGCUCAGCCAGGAGAAGAUGGGCUCAGUGUUUGGGGACAGUAACGUGUACAUGCUGCACAUGAUGUACCAGGCCAUGGGCGUGUGCCUCUUCAUGCAGGACUGGGAAGGAGCCCUGCGGUACGGACAGAAAAUCAUCAGGCCCUACAGCAAGUAUUAUCCUCUGUACUCGCUCAAUGUGGCCUCCAUGUGGCUGAAGCUGGGCAGACUCUACAUGGGCUUGGAAAACAAAGCUGCUGGGGAGAAAGCCCUGAAGAAGGCCAUUGCAAUCAUGGAAGUAGCUCACGGCAAAGAUCACCCAUACAUCUCUGAGAUCAAACAGGAGCUGGGAAGCCAGUGAGACUGUGGUGCCUGAUCUCCCCAUGUGCUCAGUCCCGAGACCUCAGAGGGCUCAUCUCCAAUCUAGCCCAUCACUCCUGCACCGUGACCCCGCUGCGAUGACAGCACCUCUCUGCUCUGCAACUUUGCACACGCCACCCCUCCAGACCGGCCUUUGUCUACACAGCAAACUAGUUUUGAAUGUUUCUUUUCCUGAGAGAGCGAGCAGCAUGAUUUUGCAUAUUAUAAUACUGUAAAAAAAAAUGUCAACUAUCUUCCCCUUUAUCCCUACUGUAAUGUUCUGAAUAAAUCCUAUGGAGGAGAGAGAAGGAA